AUGUCCACAUCCAUGGUAGCCGGACCUUCAAGGCCCCGUCAGCGGACCUCGUCCCUCAAGCACGAGAUCCAACCCCCCACUCGCCGGCUCAGCGCACACCAGGUUCUCCUCCUCACCCCCUUCGGAGGCGUCCCUACGGCCGUCUUUGACAGCGCGCCAGGCAUGGCACGGGAACGAACAUCUCUUGGCAGCCGGAACCGCGCUUCUCCUCAGGACGUGCCCAUCGCUUCAAGCUCCAUGGGCCGCGAACCCAGUCUUGUCCCUCGCGCACGUUCCCUCGCUGCCCCAUCUCCCCUCUCCCAACCCCUCACGACCAUCUCCACUUCGGACGAGGACCCCUCCUCUGCCGCACCAUCCCGCGAAGCCAGUUCCCACGCCGAAGAGCCCACCAUAGCGGCAGUAGUCGGGACAGUCGCCAUGACGCGCUCAACCUCCCUUCCCGUCUUGACCCUCGGCGAGCUGGAAGCGAUGAAGGACAAGGAUACGGAGCUGGGGAUUGCGCGCGGCGGCGAAUGGGCGUGGGUCUGCAGAGACGAAGAGGACGACUCGGUCGAGGAUGACAUCACCACGCCUGGCGUCCCAGAAACCCCUACUCCUACCGCCUUCACGUUCAGCGACCCCUUUGCCAGCCAUCGUGACGGGACAUUUCGGCGGACCGCCGAGACCGCGGGAUUCGGCUCGUACCGUCCCAUCGCAACGGCCAGUGUUGAGGGGUACGAGUACGCCCCGUCCCCUGCUCGUCGGGCCUCGGAAAUACCCACAACCCGCCAGAGCUUCUCCUCCAAUACGUCCUCUCCCGGCUCAUCUCGGACUCCCAGGCGCCCCAGCGUAUCGGUCCGACCCGGCCUGGAAAGCCCGCGCGGGACGCACAUAUCCCCCCAUCCCCAGCGUCCCCCUAUCACGCGCUACAAGACCGAGCCUGCCCGCACGGCCGGUCUCGGUCUGGCGAUCGUCGUCAAGUCUGAAACACCCCGGGUUGGUGUCCAAGUCAAGGACGACGCGGGAGGCAGUCUCGGUCGGAAAGGUGUCAGUUUGUCCACGGUGGAAAGGAGGGAGAGGCGGCACGCGCAGAUGCGGGAUGAGAGGGAAGGGGAGUUUGGUCGGCGGGGGUCUUGGGCGCCGGUGGACGUCGUGGAUGGGCUGGAGGUGGCGCACAGUCCCAGUCGCAAUCCCCGCGGAUCCAUCAUCUCCCUCCUCACUGAAGGCCGCUUCCACUCGGUCUCCGAGUUUGGCGCAAGUCCACCUCGCACCAGGACCGACUCGCUCGACUCGGUGUUUGCUUCAGUCAAGCUGGGCCGAGCGGCGUCGUCGUUUGACGAUACCAAGUUUGACACGUUUCCACGGCGCGGGAGCAGUGGUCUGGCGAUGAUCAGUCGGUUGAGGGUGCAUCGGGAUGAAGAGGAUCCGGGAAGAAGAGGGAGCGGGGAUGGCACGAGUGAGACGAGCUGGUAUGAGCGAAGAGGGAGUUGGCAAAAGGAGGUCGCGUAG